GUUUUACUAUAAAUAGCUUACAUGCGCAUACUACGUAUGAAUUCAUGCGGAAACAUCAGAUUCAUCUGUGUGAUAGUGGCAUUAAUUAAAAACACCACUGAAAAGGUCAGGUAUCCUGCCACACACGCAGUCUAUAGUGACUCUUGGAGGAUAACGUUGUUGUAUAUGUGUACGCAAUCUACACUAAAUAGGUUGGGUGAGGCCAGUUGUCUGCUUGCACAUCCGUCUCCAAUAUCUAUCUCAAGCAACCAAGCCCCUCUGUGAACAGGCAGCAGGAUGUACGAAUUCCAGAACACAUUGCCAGUAUACAUUUCUUGAAGCACCAUCUACAGUAUAAAUAUGUAUAAAUAAAUAAAUAUAUAUAUUACUAUUCUCCCAGUUAAUAUUCUGGGUGAGCUCAUUACUCUCUAUACCAAUAGCAUCAAGCUGAACACAGAAGCAGAAAGCCUGGAAAAGGAGAUGUAGAAAGGAUGUCGGAAAAACCUACUCUGCAAUUCCUACCCGGAGAAAUACUGCAACUCAUCCAUUUCUUUCUCCCGCUAGGCUCCAAACUUGCCCUCUCCCUAACCUGCAAACGCUUCUACAACAGCUUCUUUGAAAACAUCCACCCAUUCUACCUGAACGACCCCCUCAGGCGUCGGGAAUUUGAAAAACUUGCCAGGAACCAGACCAUAAUCGAUGAAUUGAAAGUCUACGAUUUUCUCCGCUCCCGCGAACUGUGUGGAUUUAAAUCGUCGGGCCGGAAACUCUUCUGCUGCGACCCCUGCCACACAAGACAUCUCCCGCUCUUCUUCCACCCGGCAGACCUUGACGUACCCGUCAGCGAGCGCACAUGCAUCAAACACAUCAGAGGCUUCUGGGUCGAGCCGGGCAAAUGCUUCAGCUUUGCAGAUCUAGACGGGCGACCCGCCCGGCUGGACAAGAUGCGGACUCCCCGCUCCAUCCCCCUGAGCGAGGAUACCGCCAACGUUCGCAGAUACACAUUAUGGACGCACUACGACAUCCUCACACUGCCGAUGCACAAGGUCGCAUCGAAAGAGCAAAUCGCCAAGAUGCUAAACGGCUUUGACCUGCCCGCCUGCCCGCACAUUCGCCUCAGCGACAGCGUGAUCAUGGACAAUUGCGACAUUCCUCGCAACACGGUCGCCGAGCCGCUGGCCCAGCGCUACCCGCCCUUCUUCGACCUGGUCGAUCUCUAUACAAAAUGCACGUUCCCCUCCUGUCUUACCUCGUUCUGCUGGACGGAACAUACCAGCACGGACAAUCGAGGGUGGAAAACCGUCUACCUCCAUAUCCUCCGUAAAGUGCGCUUCAAUACGUCUAUUGACCAUGUUUGGAUGGCGCAGCUGAUCGUCCCCGACGAGACGCUGCUGGAACGCCAUUGGGACGAGUGCUUCCGGUGGAAAACGGAGAUGAUGGCCAUUGAGAAGGAGAGGUAUGAGAAUGAGGAGAGUGCCGGUAACGGUAACGGUAGCCAUAGAGAUUCCAACCAUGAAACCUACCUUGCUCGGAAUACCCAACUCUGCCGGCUCGAGGAGAUCGUCAACGCCCUCUUCCACCCCCGCCGUCUACAUAACUACCCAGACAUCGCACGUAGACUACAAACAGCGAGUGAAGGUGCAUUCGCCACCAGUAAUCCUAAUUAUGACCCAGACAUGCCCAUGCGCAUGCCCUGUCUUCCCAAUCGCCGCCUAUGGACCCCCCCGGCCAAACCGAUUGUUACGAGCGACAAGAUGCUUGAUAUAGACCUGUCUAGAAAAGCCGUACCGAGAGAGCCUGGCCGCGCAGCGUUCAAACCGUUCAUGACGGAGGAGGAUUUUCAGCCGUAUGGCAAACGGGUGGGCCCUAUACCUAUGCCGGCCCGUCGAGGAGAGCAGGACAAGCCAACUUCGUGGUUGGGAAGGUUGUUUAAACUGGCAGCCACAUAACUACUUACUUAAAUGGAGAGUACACCGUACAAAAUCCAAUAUAACCACCACCUUUGACCUGCCUUAAUCACAUCCCUCAAUAACUUGCAAAGAUAAAAAAUAAAAAACAAAAUGUAACAGAAUAAAGUUUUAAAAUUUAAAAAAAAAAAAAA